CUGAUCCCGCCAUGAAGACAAACUUCGCUCAUUCCGUGUUAAUUUGUCUUUGCAAGAUGACUUCUUUUCGGAAGCACUCCCGUGUAAUGGCUACGACCGCUUUACUGUGUCUAGCAUUAGUCGCUGCAGCCUCUGGACAGGAAACGCCUUCAACGAAACAUGUUCCCGAGGAAGUGAAAUGGAAACGACAAGUUCAGCAGCCACAAGACAGUGGGUUCGGUGUUAAUCCGUACCCAAAUCCAAACCCCCUACAGGACGGAUAUUAUGUAGCGCCCGGUCAAAAACCUCCUAGACCUAACGAAGGUCAUGGUCUGCCCGCGAUGUCCGACAGCGAAAUGUCCACCGAAUGUGCCGCUGGGCCGCGAAUGGCUGGAGCUGUUCCCGCCAGUUGGGACGAAGCCUCGUUUCAGGCAUCACUGCGUGACCUUCGUUACGAUAGGAACUAUUUCUAUGGAAGCGGUCAUUUUUGCGGAGGUGCCAUUAUCAGUGAGCGCGUCGUUAUUUCCGCUGCCAGCUGUUUUACUGCUCGGCAAGCUGACAAGGUUGGAGUAGUUGUCGGAACUUUGAACCGCAGGAAGGAAGUACCAGGUAUCACUCAGCUAUUGUAUGUUAACAAACUGCUUCCGCAUUCACAACACUCACGCGCGAAGUCUGACAACGAUAUUGGUUUGGUAAUUCUGAAAACCAACGUACGCUUUGGGGCAAAUAUCAGUCCUAUCCCGUUACCGUACUAUUCUCGCAAAGCGGGGGCCAAAUGCCAUACUUUCGGCUGGGGUAAAGCUACGAAAAGUCAGUCAUAUUUCACGGAUUGUAUGCAGCAAGCUACCGCAAUCGUGCGAGAUUGGAACGAAUGUAAAAGAAAGGCUCAUCAGCUGAACAUUGAGCUUUCUAAAACGUCGCUUUGUGCCGGAUCGUUUGAGGGAGGUGUCAACAACUGCAUUACCGACUUUGGUGGCCCACUGGUAUGCGAAGGUGUUCUGUGUGGAAUCGCCUCCGAUAAAGUUGGCUGCGAUGAGAGCGGUAUGACCAAGAUCUACACCGAUGUUUUCAAGAAUAUGGAGUGGAUUGAAAAUACCAUGAAAACACAUUCAAAGAGAAAAUCGCUUGGAUCGCUGGUUAGAGAAAGGAAGAGAAACCGUAAGGAUAGCCGUGGUCGUCAGGAUGAGGGUGCUGAGGGUGGUGUCGGGCGGCAAACUUGCUCGGUAGCUCUGCUUGCCGUCAUUGGUCUAUAUGCUUUGGUUUAGAUAAUUUAAAUUAUGCAAUUUGUAAUGUAAAUACUAUUCUGGUUACAUUGAUUUUUUUCUGGAAUAUAUCAAACAUCCAUUUAUGUUA